CAUUUUCUUUAAAAAAUCCAGUGCAACCAAAACAGCUGUAUACACUACUUAUGUAAACCCCAUAAUGUGUGCCCUUCCCUAUUGGGACCACCAUGGCCCCGGAUUUGCUAGUGUCAGUGGCCAGCUGUAAUUUUUGCCCAUCUGGGCACUUAUGCCAUGCUGCACUAUGGCUACUCAUGGUACGGGCUUUUGACCAGCCCACAAUUAUGUACAUGAAUGGAAAUCCCAACAGGACAUACAACCCUCCGCCAUGGUCCACUGGGACCCUCCAUGUGAACACAUAGUUUUAGGUCUACUGUCCUCUCCAUACAAGCUUGUCAGUAAGUAGCAGGUUUAUUGUCUGCACUUUCCCCUUAAAAUGGCGGAAACCGUAGGUUCCUGACAACAGCGAGCUGAGCUAAUCUGCGUGUCCCAACCGUCAGAAGAUAAACUGGGGGAGGGGAACUGUUUCUGCAUCAAUAAAGUUUUCAAAUAGCCAGGGACUUCCGGUUGCCGCGCAAAGCAUGAUGGACCUUGUAGUUGGUUUCCUCGGCAGCGCUAGCUCACUUGCUGGCCGGUGAUCGGAAGCCUGGGGAGCGCUGCAGGAGCGUCUGAAGUGAAAAGUUCGUUUCCUGCGGGUGGCGUUUUAGUCGUUACUGUCGUGGUUUUGAGUUUAUGACCAUAACCAGACAAGUGCAGAGAACGUUACAUCGUCAUCAUCAAACAUGAGGAUAGCAGGUGCAGUGAAGUAUGUUUUGGCCGUGGCAGCAGUUUUAUUGACCUUUUACAUCAUCUCUCAAGUAUUCGAAAUAAAGAUGGAUUCUAAUUUAGGCCAACUUUUAGCCAGGUCACAGCUGGACAUUGUCGCACAUCCCACUACUAAGGCACCAAGAUACAGAUGUGGCAUCUCAAAGAUUUGUCCAGAGAAGCACUUUCCUUUCAAGAUUUCAAGCGGAGCAGCUAAUGUUGUCGGGCCCAAGAUUUGUGUGGAUGAUGUUGUUUUGAUGAGUGGCGUGAAGAACAAUGUCGGACGUGGAAUUAACACGGUUUUGUUGAACGGUAAAACUGGAGAAUUAAUUGAAACAAAGUACUACGACUUGUGGGGUGGAGAUGUAGCCCCCUUCAUUGAAUUCCUUAAGAAGAUUCCAGAUGGAACAAUAGUUUGUAUGGCAACCUAUGAUGACGGAGCAUCAAAAUUGAAUGAUGAAGCCCGAAAACUGAUUUCAGAGCUUGGAAGUACAGUCAUCACAUCUCUGAGCUUCAGAGACAACUGGGUCUUUGUUGGUGGAAAAGGCAUAAAGACUAAAAGUCCAUUUGAACAGCAUAUAAAGAACAAUAAAGAUACAAACAAAUAUGAAGGGUGGCCGGAAGUGGUGGAAAUAGAAGGCUGCAUCCCUCAGAAGCAAGAGUGACUGGAUAGAUGAAGCAAGAACUCUACAAUGGACUGGGAUAGGGAAUGCCUUUUACAACAGCCAACGAAGUAGAAUAUACUGAAGUCUCAUCCAUCUUGUUGACAUGAGCAUAGUCCUACAUGAAAUUUAUUUAUUACUUCUACAAAUGGGUAUUUUUUAUAUAUAUAAAAAAGAGCAGAUUGAUGAAUAAUGAAUAUUGUGGAACCUGUGCUGGGACCGCGAUAACGCAUCUCUGAAAACGCCCCUGGAAUAACAUGGGAACAUCUGGACUCUUGUAGUGAUUCUUUUUUAUGGUCUUUUUCUCAAGAAAAGAGCUUUUUUUUUUUUUUUUUUUUUUUUUUUUUUUUUCUCCCCAUUGUACUUUCUUUAUUCCACCAAAGAUUUUUUGUUUCAAAAUGAUUUACUUUGGCUCUACAUCUAUGGACCGUUUUUAAAUCUGGGAUAAAGUUUUGCACUAUUGUUGUCGGAUACAGUGCAGUCGCCAUUGUCUUUUUUUUUUUUUUUCCUCUAUUAAAAUUUAAAGGGUACCUAAACCAUCAUGAGAGGCGCGGCGGCACUUGUCAGAACGAUCCGCACCUUCCUCUUGCAGAGUACAGAUCCUAUAUACCUUCUAUGGAUCCAUACUCCACGUGCUGCAAAUGCAGAGCCGACGCAAGAGGAAGGUGCGGAUCGCCUGAGAAGCCCCGCCGCGCCUCACAUGAUGGUUUAGGUACCCAACUGUUUGUGUGUUUAUUCUCUUAUGUCUAUAGCGGAUCAGUCUAUUAAUUCUUUUAGUAUUUUCAGGACGGCCUCGCCGUCAAUAGGCAGCAAUCCUUACCCACUCUGCAAUGUGAAAGCAUUAACAUAGGAGCUUUUCUUUUAUUAACUGCGGGAAUGGCUGUGUGUGUACAGUAUUGGUCAUUAGUUUUACACAGUUGUAUUGGACGUAGUCAUAGUUAACAUCUGACAGCUAUUCUAGAAUCUUAGCAAAUGUCAUUCUAUGUGUUUGUCAUUGGUACUUUUCAGUGUCACCAUUCAAAGUCUAAGAAAAUGUUCAUAUUUUUAGAAUAAAGAUGCAAAUACAUUCCACA